AUGGGGGAGUAUUCAUGCCGACAGGGCCCUCUGCUGCUACUGCUAUUGCUGGGCUGUGGGCAGCCCCGGAUGUCUGGCCGCAUCGUGGGAGGGAGGGAUGCCCGGGAGGGGGAGUGGCCAUGGCAAGCCAGCCUGCAGUACCAUCGGUCCCACGUGUGUGGGGCCUCACUCAUCUCUCGACAAUGGGUGUUGACCGCAGCUCACUGCUUCCCAAGACCCAUAAGGCUGUCGGAGUACCGCCUACGACUAGGCGAAUUCCGCCUGGCCCGGCCCUCGCCUCAAGCUCUCUCUCUGCAACUGCUGCGGGUCGUGCUCAACGCCAACUUUACGGAAGACGGGGCCCAGGGCGACAUAGCGCUGGUCCAGCUCCGCCGCCCGGUCCCAUUCAGUGCCCGUAUCCGGCCGGUCUGCCUACCUGGACCUGGAGCCCUGCCACCCCCAGGCACCCGGUGCUGGGUCACUGGUUGGGGCAGCCUCCAGGCCGGAGCACCACUGCCUGGCUCCCGGCCCCUGCAGGGUGUCCAGGUGCCCCUGAUAGACAGACAGGCCUGUGAUCGGCUCUACCACAUGGACUCUGACACCCCCCUCUGGGAGCCCAUAGUCUUGCCGGGCACUCUAUGUGCAGGCUAUGCCAGAGGCCACAAGGAUGCCUGUCAGGGAGACUCUGGGGGCCCCCUGGUGUGCAUCCAGUCUGGUCGAUGGGUCCUUGAAGGUGUGGUGAGCUGGGGCAAGGGAUGUGCUUUGCCCAACCGCCCAGGCAUCUACACCAGUGUGGCCCACUACUGGCCCUGGAUCCAGGCCCACUUGAGCAUCCCAGCCCUGCACCCCCCCCACCAAGAACCCAGUCAUCCCCAAUCCCACCAGCUUUUGCCGUUAUCCCUUCCUGGUUUCUAA